GAGGUAGGCCUUUUAUGUGCGGAGUUCGGCUUCGGAGCUCGGCUUCGGCUUGGCUCCUAGGUGGCUGCCUUAGGAACAUGGUUGCUAGUCACAUUGCAUCAGGCACCUAGCUCUCGGCUUGAAGUCAGAUCCAAGCCACGCCGUUGUGGCCGCAGCAGGGCGUCAGGCUCGGCAGGUUGGAUGAGAGUCAUCUGAAAGAAAUAUAGUCAUUAGUUAUAUAUAUAAAUGAUGCUGUUUCCAUGCAGUACCUACUUGCCUUUUCAGAUAGACACCACCCAUCUUUGCUCACGAAACACCAUUAUUUCAGUCAAACUCCAACAACUCACAACUAUUACACCCAAUAACGUUUUUCUCGGCCUGUAUUCGAGUUGCUAUUACGACAAAGGACCUUGUUGAUACCUCAUAAUUCCUAAUAUCAUGGCUACUUCACAUUCACAAUCCCGACGACACUCUGCUGCAACAGACCUAACAUUGACUGAGAGCAAGUCCGAUUUCGCUAACCCAAUGGAUGACCACGUGGGGAAAGAGAAAUAUCUCGACGAUGACGAGAAAACGCUAUCCGAUCUAACAUUGGCGGACGGCUCGUCGACUCACUCGAACACAAAGCUGUCAAAAACCAUGAAGCAGCUAAAAUCCAAAUUGAAGCCAAAGGGGGGGAAACCGAAGGCGAAGUCUUCGAUCCCGCCGAACUAUUAUCCCAAUACCUUACAAACAUUCGAGGCGCUAGCAGCUUCACGAAUGUAAAAUGAUAUACACUAUCCUCCAAGUCCUGGCUAGCAAAGGCCGGGAGCCAGAUAGUGGCUUUGGGUUUAUUGGAAGACAAAGACAGUAAUCUGGCUGCGGACUGAUUUCCUUUUUCUGUUCUCUAUUUAUUUAUUUAAUUUUAUUGAGAGAUACAUCGACCUAGAAGGCAAAAUGUUGGGGGAAAAUAAUGACGAUGCGGCGUAAUAGGAGCUUGGAAGAAAUGGGAUAGAUGGGAAUGCUCCCUCAUGCAAAUGGAACACAUAACAUGACGAUUGACUCAUAAUAUACGCUUGAAUGACCAAUACCUUGUCUUUGCACCAUGCAACCCCAUCAUAUAUGAUUCAUUGCUGGAGGGGGCCCUAGCCGCUUCAAUCUCAUGGUUUA